CUGACACAAGACAAGGUGCGCGUCAACUGUCAACAAGUAACAAGUGUUCUGUGGCGUCACCGGUCUAGAAGAGAAGCCGUUAAAUUAUUUAAAAAUUUUAAAAUAGAAAAUAUUGACCCAGUAUAGAUCCCAAAAAACUUUUAAAUGGAAAGAAAGGACAAUAGUGAUUCAAAAAAAUAUAGAUUUUACAGAAAACCAUCAUUGAGAAGGAAAGGUCCAGAAAUAAAACAUACAAAGACGAGUUUAGCUAGAAUUUUAAUAGCGAAUCCGCUAUUAAAAAAAAAAUUAGAAAAUGAAGACCAUAAAAAUGAAAAAAAAUUAACCAACAUAAACAGAGUAUCUUUUAUAAAAACUCGUGGGCCAACCUGUUUAAAUUUAAAAGUGCCUAAUUUUAGUAACAUAAGAUUGUCAAUAAGUGAUUUUAAUAAACAAAUAUUGUCUUCUACAAGGAUUCUUGAAGAUGACGUAUUUGUGUGUGAUAAACAUAAAGAACAAACUCAAAAUAAUAAAGUGAGCUCUAGAAAUAUUGAAAAAGAAAACAAAUGUCCAAGCAGAAAGUCUCUUUCAUCAAAAUUUAAGGAAAAAAAGUCUAAAGAAAUUAGGGCAUUACUGAAAAAUUCGAGUGGAAGUACGAAAAGACGGUCCCGGUCCCUGGAUAGCUCUAUGCUCCCAACCAAUUGUUAUAAGAUUGAAGAACAGUACACACUAGAGGGUAUGUCUCAAGCCCAUUCCGAACAGAAUUUUAGCACUAUGCUGGCACACACUGACACUCCUUUCAGAUGUUCUGAAGAAAUUGAUGAAGAGAAUAAAGAAAAUGUUGACAUAGGUUUAGUGGAUGCUGACAGUUAUGAAAACCUUGUAAUACGUAAUCCAUACUAGUGCAGUUUUUACUUAAAUACCUUCCUGGUAUGGAAAAAUGUAAAGUACAAUUUGAGUCAAUGAGGCCAUAAAAAUUAUAAAACCCUAGGAAUAGAACCAUUUUCUUUUUAUUCUUCUAGCGAUUUUUUUUUAUUUUGUCCUAUUACACAUUUCUUUAUAGAAUGCUUGUUAUUGACCUUAUGUUUUAAUUAAUUUAUAAAUGUGUUAAUUUUGUACAAUGAUAAU